AUGGACGCCGCCGCCGCUCAAGUUACAUCUGAAACCCCAUUGUGGUUGGCGGGAGCGAGUCAGCAGCGUGUGCAAGAGAUAUCUCACAUCAUCGCAUCGAGGGCGCCUUACAACGCACACUACGCCGCGUCUAUUGCAUCUGAUGCUUCCGCGCUCAGCCGUCUUGCGAAAGAGUUUCUCCACAUGGCGAACGCCUAUACAUCUCCCAUACUGCGCCUCUCGCCAGAACUCGUCGGCGAAGUUUUCUACCAUGUUGCCAGGAUGGAGCCGACAGACCCCACUAGGCUAGGCUGGGUCCGUCUGGGACACGUGUGUCACGCUUUUCGUGCUGCAUUGCUCGGCAUGCGAACUUUGUGGGCAUCGGCAGUUUGCCACGUCUCCUCCCGUGCUUUUCAGGAAGUUCUCAAUCGUGCAGGGAAUGCGCCAAUCACCAUAUAUCUAAAAGACGAGGACCACACCGUCAACUCUGAUCAAGUUCGGUUCGUCUCGUCGAACAUGACCCGCGCUCGUGACAUCACCAUCGAGGAGUACAAUCAUGGCACUGUCCUUUGGACGAUUGAACCACGCGCCGUGUCUGGCCGCGCAUUUUCCUUCCUUGAGGAAUUGAAUGUCCAGGCUCUACAUCGCCCGCUUCGCGAUUUUGCCUGGUUGAGGACAGACGUAUACGACAUUGCACCGAUUUACGCACCUCAGCUGCGACGUGUGCGCCUGAUAAACAUAUUCAUACCCUUCCCCCCGCACAAUCUGACCUCGUUGUCGCUGCUGCGCCACAAACACGUCGAAGGUGGAUCCAUGCCCAACCGAGAUGAUGUACUUCCUUCGCCAGAUAGUUUCCUGGAUCUGCUUGGACGAUGUACCAACCUCGACUAUCUGUGGCUCCAGGACAUAAUCCCUGCGUUGACACCCUUAUCUCCAUCUUCUCGCUCGUCGCAAGCUAUCCGGUUACCCAAGCUCAAACAUGCGACUUUAUACGCUUCAAGAUUGAGGGUCGCAGCCUUAUGGUCUCACCUUCUCCCGUCACCGGACGCGAAGCUUGACAUCAGACCCGACUACAUCAGUUUCCCCGAGUCCUCCAACGGCUAUACAGACGCAGAGAGGGUAUCAUUCUUGCCCCUAUUUGUCGAGUAUAUACUCCAAAAUCGCCCUCGUGUCACCGCACUUGUCGUGGAAGUCGACACGACACUGUCCCAAACCGGACUCUGCCUACUCAAGCACAACCCCGCCCUCGCAUUGGAUACCUGGGAAGGUUUAGCAUUGUUUGAUUAUGAGGACCUGGCAGAUGAAUACGAAGUUAUUCUCGAUAUAUGGUUCUGCCAGUGCAUCUGGGACGUUUCUAUGCCACUAAGGGACCUCAUCCAUUCAAUCCCUACGGCAUACCUUGCCGACAUCGAUACAUUGCAAGUGACUAAUCUCGACGGAGAAGAUGCGCAACAUCUAUUCUCAAGACUUCCCCGGCUACACACUCUUCAUCUUGCCGACGCUUCGUCUGCUACGCUUGCCUUGCUCGCAGAGUCGCCCGCAGAGUCGCCCGCCGAUUCGCCGGACGCCACGAGCCCCGAUCACUACUUUCCUCAACUCCGGCAUUUGCGCUUGAUAGACUCGGACAUCACCUCCAUAUCCUUUCAUUCUGACGAAGAACAGAUAUCGUUCAAGCAACUGCUUGACUUGGCCUCGAUACGGACCAAAGCCGGCAUUCCUCUACGAUCCUUAAAGGGCGAGCGACUCUACUUGCAUGACACCGACUUCGAUCGGCUAUCGUUCGCGGCGUUCAUUAGGAGCAUGAAGGAGAUUGUCCCCGACGUGGACAUCGAGGUGGUCUGGGGGAAGGACUACUGA